UUUGUGCAGCAAGAAUCUUCGCCUCGGAUGAAAGCAGCUUCAGGGUGUUUCUCCUCUCUGUUGCAAUGACGCCGAAAAAGUUCUAGUUGUGAAAACACACAGGAACCAAAAAGAGGAAGAGGAAGAGCAAGAGGAAGUGCUGGGACGGCGAGGUGAUGGAUACCACAGAGGAGAACUGCAGUCUAAUCGCUGCUGUGCCGAAUGGUGCUUAUCCGGUGCUCUGCACUGAGGAAGUCCUUCUCCCCUUCUUCUCAGAUGAGAGUCUGCCGGCUGCCAUGGCCUCACACCUGUCUCUCCCAGAACUUAGACUGGUCCUGCUGGGCAGGAAAGGAGCCGGGAAGAGUGCGGCAGGCAACACCGUACUGGGAGGAGUGGGAGGCUUUGAGAGCGGGAGGCCCACGGAGGAGUGUGUGAAGAGGCGAGCAGAUGUAGCGGGGAGGAGAGUCACGGUGGUGGACACCCCCGGGUGGGAGUGGUACUACCCGCUUAACAGCACCCCCAACUGGGUGAGGAGGGAAACCCUGCGCAGCGUGUCGCUGUGUCCUCCUGGACCCCACGCUGUGCUCCUGGUGGUUCGCUCCUGCGCCUCAGUGACUGACGCCUACAUCCAGGAGAUGGAGGAGCACCUGGAGCCUCUGGGAAGUGAAGUUUGGGAUCACACCAUGCUGCUGUUCACCAGGGGGGACGAGCUGGGCCUGACCACCAUGGAGCAACGGAUCGUGACGAGUGGCCCGGCGCUCCAGAGGCUCCUCCAGAAGUGUGGGAACAGAUAUCAUGUCGUGAACAAUCUGAGGAGAGCUGAUGGGACGCAGCAGGUUCAAGAGCUGAUCAGGAAGCUGGAGCAGAUGGUGGAGGAGAAGACAGACGGGAGCAGUCAUCUGGAGAUGGACAGUUCGGUUCUGUUGGGUCUGGAAGCAGACGGCAAGAGGAGAGCCAGAGAGAGGAGGAAGAAGCAGAGGCAGAUGGAGGCCCAGAUGCAGAGAGGAACCAUCAAAGCUGCUCUGAUGAGCGAUGCUCCUCAGGGCUCCGAGCUUGACGCUCAUCACUCGUUCUCCAAAGCUCCCAGACGUUUACACGAGGUCAGGCUGGUUCUGCUGGGGGAGCGUGAAACCGGAAAGAGCUCCGCUGGGAACACUAUCCUCGGCCAAGCAGGCUUCUUCCAAGCAGGGGGGGUAACAGAGGAGUGCGUCCGUCGACAAGCAGAGGUGGCCAAGCGGCUGGUGACGGUGGUGGACACACCGGGCUGGGAGGCCGGUGUGGCGGGUGCAACGCCGGAGAGGAUGAGGAGGGAAAUCAUCAAUGGCGUGGGGCUGUGUCCGCCGGGGCCCCACGCGCUCCUGCUGACGCUGAGAGUGGACACUCUGGUGAGUGCAGGACAUGUGAGGGAACAUCUGGAGCUGCUGGGCGAGGGCGUGUGGAGACACACAAUCCUGCUGUUCACGCACGGCGAUCAGCUCCGAGAGGGGCUGGAUUUUGAGCAGCACAUCCAGGGCGGGGGCAGGGACCUGCAGUGGCUGAUGGAGAAAUGCAGGGGCAGGUACCAUGUCGUGAGCAGUGUAGACGGAGGAGAAAGAGGAAGUGGAGGCUCCACUUCGGUGACGGAGCUCCUGGAGAAAGUGGAAAAGAUGGCGACAAUGAACAGGUGCGAGGCUUUCUCAAGUCUGGUUCAGGACGUCAGAGACCUGAGCCGACAGAGGAACGAAAAGGUCAACCAGCGCCUGAAGGAGAUGGGAGACAAGAUGCUUCGUCAGGAGCUGGAGCUGAAGAACGUGAGGGAGAGGGAGAUGAAGAGCAUCAGGUGGUUCUUCGAUUGGAAGAGGAAGGGGAAAUCGCCCGGGAAGGCCAACGUUCAAAGGGAAGAGGAGGAGAAGGAGGAGGAGGAGGAGGACAGGAGGAUGGGUGAAAGGAAGCAGGACUUCGGAGAGCUGGAGGAGAGGAUGCGAUGGCUGACGGAGGAUAAAGAGAGAGAAGUGCAGGAUCUGAGCGUCGAAAACGAGAGGAUCCGCGUCGCGCUGAACCAAAGUGGACGAGAGAGAGACGAGGCGACGCUUAACCUGGAGCUGAGAGAGAUAGAGGUCGAGGAGCUGACAGAAAGAAUCGACGAGCAGCAAGCCAAGUUACUUGACCUUGAACGUGCCGGCGUGGAUAAAGAACAAGAGAGGAAGAGGAAGGAGGACGCCAUUAGAGUGAAGGAGCAGGAGUGGAGAAAGAAACUGGAGGAAACUGUGGAGCAGCACAAGAGAGAAGAAGCAGAGUGGACGGAACAAGUCAAAUCUUUCAAAGCAGAAAUGGACGAGACAAAACGACACUGUGACAAUGUUCUCGAGAGAAAAGAGAGGGAGGUGACAGAGCUGGAAGAGAAACUAAAAGAGAUGGAGGUAAAACUGUUUGAAAGAGAUGAAGAGGAGGAGGAACUGAGGGAGAAAGCUGCAGAGGAAAAACGGUUCAGUGUGAAAGAAAAGGCAGAUGAGAUGGAAAAGGUCAGGCAACAGCAUGAAAAGGAAAUAAGAGACAUGAAGGAACAAACCCGCAGAGAAAUCGAAAAUCUGAAAAAGUAUUUUGCAAAAGAAAAUGAGGAACUUGUGAAAGUCAAAAAGCAGGAGAUAGAAGAGCUGGAACAAAAGUAUCACAAACAAAUAAGAGAAACACUGCGAGAAAAUGAAAAAGAGAAAGAAACGAUUAAUUCAAAUCACAUGAAAGACGUGAAGCAAAAGGAGCUAACAGAAACACAGAGUCUUCUAGCAGAGAGACACUGGGAGGUGGAGGAGGUGAUCGAGAGGCUGCAGGAGAAAGAGGAGGCGCUCGAGAAGAAGACAGAGGAGCUAACAGAAACACAGAGUCUUCUUGCACUGAGACAGAGGGAGGUGGAGGAGGUGAUGGAGAAGCUGCAGGAGAAAGAGGAGGCGCUCGAGAAGAAGACAGAGGAGCUAACAGAAACACAGAGUCUUCUUGCACAAGGACAGAGGGAGGUGGAGGAGGUGAUGGAGAAGCUGCAGGAGAAAGAGGAGGCGCUCGAGAAGAAGACCGAGGAGCUAACAGAAACACAGAGUCUUCUUGCACAGAGACAGAGGGAGGUGGAGGAGGUGAUGGAGAAGCUGCAGGAGAAAGAGGAGGCGCUCGAGAAGAAGACAGAGGAGCUAACAGAAACACAGAGUCUUCUUGCACAGAGACACAGGGAGUUGGAGGAGGUGAUGGAGAGGCUGCAGGAGAAAGAGGAGGCGCUCGAGAAGAAGACAGAGGAACUAACAGAAACACAGAGUCUUCUUGCAGAGAGACAGAGGGAGGUGGAGGAGGUGAUGGAGAAGCUGCAGGAGAAAGAGGAGAAGCUCGAGCAUUUGAGGCUAAAGGAUGGAGGCAACGAGAAGGAGCUCGUCCAGCUGAAGCUCACGAUCGAGCAAACGAAGUCAGAGCUGAAGAAUCUCACAGGCAAGAUGGAGGAGGAGAUGAUGAGCAUGAUUCAGGAAUAUGAAAAGGAGAUCGCACGAAGAGACGAGAGCGUAGAAUCGAUAUCCAAGGACAAGGACGAGGCCGUGGCUCGUCGAGAGCAAAGCGAGAAGAUGAGAAAGGAGGCGGAGAAUUUCAAAUUUAAGUACGAGGAGCUGAGGAGGGAGAAGGAAGAAGAGGUGAGGAGACAUCAUAGGGGAUACGAGACAGAGAUGGAGGUGAGAGAGCAGCUCGAGAGACAGAUGAUGGAGAGAGAAAGUGAGUGGAGAAUUAAGGAAGAGGAGAUGCAAGACAAAUUGUUGAAAAGGGAAAGGGAGGUCGAGGAAAGAGAAGAGGACACGAGGAGAAAUGAGGACGAGUUGAGCAAGAGACGACUUGAAUUGGCUGCGAAAGAGGAAGAGCUUCGAAAACAGGAAGUGAAUCUUGAGACGCACCGAAAAGAGCGGGAUCAAUACGAGCUGGGAGUGAAACUGAGAACUCAGACCAUCGAGAGAAAGGAGCGGGAGAUAGAAAGUUUGCUCCGAGCUCUGGAGGUCAAACAGCAAGAGCUGAGCAGCCACGGCCAAGAUCUCCAGAAGAACGUACAGCGUCUUAGAGACCAAGGGAAGGAGCUGAAAGAGAGAGAGCACCACCUAAACAAGGAGGAGCGGGAGCUGAUCAGCUGGAAGUCCGAGCUGCAGACGCAGAACGAGCACGUGGACUCUACAGCUCAGCAGCUCUCCGAGAUGGGAAGAGGUUUGGCUCUGCUGAAAGACGAGCUGAACAGAAAAGAGACGAAUCUGAAGACGGCGCUUAGAAAGUGGAGCAAGUGGGAAGUGGAGCUUGAAGCGAGAGAGGUGGAGUUGCACGAAAGGAACUUCGAGGGCGGUCAAGCUGCGGUCGAGAGUUCGGAGAACAACGUCUUUGUGAUGUGCCGAGAGGUCAGCGAGCAAAAGGCAAAGGUCAGAGCGGUGAUUCAAGGAGAGAACACAAAGGAAAGGGAGGAUCAAAGGAUGAAAACAACACAGUCAGCUGCAGAGAGCGAUAACAGUCACCAUGAAACACUAGAAGAGACAGAGACCAGUGAGGAAAAGGAAGGGAUGAGAGGAAGAGGAGGAGAGAAUGGAGAGGAAAGAGGCCUGGAAAGGAAACAGGUCAUCCAGGGUCAGAGGUCAUUGAGUCACAACAGCACAGCCCCUCCUGGGAUGCGUCUGAGGGUGCUGGUGCUGGGGGAGUCCUGGUCCUCUCGCUGCCCAGCCGGAGUCACCAUCCUGGGUGGAGAAGAGCCCAAACCAGACGGCUCCACCUUCAGGUCCUGGAGAGGUCAGACAGCCGGGAGACGCCUGGCGGUGGCCGAGCCGCUGGGUUUGAGGUGGCGGGAUGGGCCGGACCCAACAAACCUAAAGAAGAGCCUCCUGGAUGGCGUGUCCUGGUGUCACCCGGGACCUCACGUGGUCCUCCUGCUCAUGCCCGUCUUCCUGGCCUGCACGAGGAAGUACAGGAGAGCUGUGGAGGAGGACAUGGGUUCGCUCGGGGAAGGGAUCUGGCAGCGCACCCUGGUGGUGUUCACGUGGGGGGAAACUUUAGGGGUGAGCGCGGAGCAGCACAUCCUGAGGAGCGGGGAGCUGACGGGCCUCGUGGAGAAAUGUGGCGGCAGGUUUCACGUGCUGACCAGUAAGAGAACAAACCCUGAGACCGAGGGGCUGUUUGAGAAGAUGGAGGGCAUAGUGGCUUCCAACAGCAGGGGGCAGUGUUUGGUGUAGAUCUGCAACACAACCUAAUUAAUUUAUCAUGUCAACACAAAUUCAAGUUGAGAUGUCUUCUAAUAAAUGAAAUGAUUAAAAUA